GAGAAUAUUUAUGACAAUAUUCGUAAAGAAGUGGACGCGUUGUCUUCCAUCGCAUGUCUGGUGAACAAUGUGGGUAUGGUAAAUGUGAGCCCCAUGGAGUUUGGCUUUGAGGAAGGAAUGUGUGUGGAUAAAAUUCACGACUACAUUGCCUGUAACUGCUUGUCCAUGGCUGGAAUGACUCACCUAGUGCUUCCU